GCGUCGUGUUCUGUCACUGUAACGGUGCCUGUCAGACUCCCCACUCGAACAGCUGCUGCCUUGGAGCAGGGGGCCAGACGACCCUUCCACUUGGCCCACCACAUCAUGUUAUAAUACGGCAAAGAGGGAGAGGGAGCCUUUACUGCUCUGCCACUCUUAGGAGGAGGCUUUGCUGCUACCGCCAUCCUGCCUAGCAACAUGAAGGAAUACAUAGACCAUCGCUUCCCUCCGCCGCGGCUGGAGUACUGCUACAGCCUCAGCCUUUCCUGCCUGCUGCUGGACUAAACCUGCAGUUCAACGCUGCUGCCGCCCAGGAAUGGAUCCUAAACAAAAGGGCAGCUUGUGCAGUUAGGACAAAGGGUUGGGGACCCAAAAUAACAUUAAAACCAGAAGCACAUUUGCAGCAUCUGUCAGCACUGCAGCGUCAAUGACUUCACAGAGAUCAAGACAAAAAGGAAAAGAAGGUGGGGGGACAAAAUAAUAUACAAAAGACUCAGCAAAAUGGUCUGUUAUGUGAGUGGACGGAUUGGAUGCAGAACACAGUGCGAAGAGAGGCACGCGUGAUAAGCAGUAGGCAGAGCCGCCGCGCUGUGGGAUUUUUGACGAUGGCGAGUAAUGGCUUGCCAAACGUGUCGACGGGAGGAAACGGCAUCCUUCCGCCACGAUGAGCGGCUGCAACCCGAGAUGACAAUGCCAUGCACAAUCUGAAGACUCAAGUCUCCUGCUGGAUACACUGAGGCACGAACGCCUGUUGCAUGGAAAUGUCAGGAAAGUAGUUCCAAGAGGGUUACAUGGAGAAUGUGUCAUCUCCCUUGUAGCUCCACCAGGGGCCCUAAAUACAUCGAGCUGCCAUCUCCGAUGAGGGCCGCCCUGUUUACGAUGUGCAUCUGACUUGAUUGAAUGUGACCACCGUACAGCAGAGCAGUUUUACAUCUGCAUCAUGCAGUGGAGGCGGCGACACUGCUGUCUGAUCAAGAUGACCUGGAACGUCAAGCGGUCGCUAUUCCGAUCCCAUGCGGCUGGCUUUCUCUCCCUAGUCUCCCUGGUGGGCAUCCUCUUUUUUUGUGGCCACCAUGACUGGCUGCCAGGCAGGGUGGGCCGGAGGGAGAACCCAAUCACCUAUACAGUGCGGGGCUUCCGCUCCCAAAAGAGUGAGACCAACCACAGCACAUUGCGGAGCAUCUGGAAAGAAGCCCUUCCGGUUCCUCCCAAACCACCAGUCAAUGCCAGUGCCUACCAGGCUGAGGUCUCCCUACAGGGGGUGACAGGGCUAGAGAACUCCUUGAGUGCCAACAACAGUGUUAAUGGUGAGAAUGGAGUGGGUGGGCAACUAAUUGCAAAGCCGUUCCGCUACAUUAUAAAUGAACCUGACAAAUGCCAAGAUAGAAGGCCCUUUCUCAUUCUUCUGAUAGUGGCAGAGCCGGGCCAGGCGGAUGCCAGGAACGCCAUUCGGCAGACAUGGGGCAAUGACAGUGUGGCACAUGGCCUGGACUUCAUCCGACUGUUCCUAUUGGGUGUGGGAAAGAGCGGCAACAUGUACCAGCAGCACGCCAUCGAAGAAGAGAGCCGGCAUUACAGGGACAUCAUCCAGCAGGACUACCUGGACACCUACUAUAACCUGACCAUCAAAACUCUAAUGGGAAUGCAUUGGGUAGCCACUCACUGCCCUCAAACUGCCUAUGUAAUGAAGACUGACAGCGACAUGUUUGUGAACACUGAGUAUCUAAUCCACAAGUUGCUUAAACCUGAUGUCCCACCUAGGCAAAAUUACUUCACGGGUUACCUAAUGAGGGGCUAUGCUCCAAACCGAAACAAAGACAGUAAGUGGUACAUGCCACCCGAGCUGUACCCCAGCGAGCGGUACCCUGUGUUCUGCUCUGGGACAGGCUAUGUGUUCUCCGGGGACCUAGCUGAGAAGAUCUACCGGAUUUCACUGGGCAUACGCCGUUUGCACCUAGAGGAUGUAUAUGUAGGGAUCUGCCUGGCCAAGCUGCGCAUUGACCCUGUGCCGCCACCCAACGAGUUUGUGUUCAACCACUGGCGGGUGUCUUAUUCCAGCUGCAAAUACAGCCACCUCAUUACCUCUCACCAGUUUCAGCCUAAUGAGCUUGUCAAGUACUGGAACCACUUGCAAAGCAACAAGCACAACGCUUGCAUCAACGCAGCCAAGGAGAAGUCCGGUCGUUUCCGACACAGGAAGCUGCACUGGAGGAUGGGUCAGUGACUUUUGGGGGACGCUUCAAACAUGGCAUGUACUGAGGUCACUGUGACGUGGGUGGGACCAGCACAUCAGUAUUGUUAUGUACAGUAUUAACAGACAUUAUUUUUUAACUUUAAGAGAGAUGUUAUGUACUGUAAAGCUGUAAUUAAUGGUGGGAUGAUAUUUAAAAUGGGCAGUGAAACAAAAUUGUGCAAUACCGAGCA